GAUCACAAUAUUUAUGAUCUUACAGUUUCGUCUCUAUCUUGUAUCCGCCAUUGACGGUCAUCAUCAGGUAUUUUAUUCUUUUGUAAUAUUGCUGAGAUACAACAAUGUCGAAGCUCAAGAAACCUAUACUAGAAUCUAACUGUGUCGCCGAUAAGCUCCGUGACUCAUUGAAUAUGGAAGACAAUAAUAAUAAUAAACCAGAUACUAUUAAUGUCGAUCUUGGAUCACCAAUUACACCGCUUCAGACUCGGCCGAGUGGACUCACUUCCACCAGUAGUUGCAGUUCUAGCUCGUCUGGAUCGGUUACAGGUCAUGUCGGACAUGCUCCGGUUACAAGAAAACCCGAUUCCGAUCAGCCCCUUCCCUCCACCGCUAAGUAUAAAUCUAGCACUCCUUCCUCCGCCGCUAAAUCUUCAAAGUCUAGUACGACUCCCUCCGCCGCUCAAUUUGGUGGGUCUAGUAGUCCUGUCAGCGCUCGAUCUCGUUCAAGCAGUCAAGUUGGUGCUAAAACCGGGAAUAUGAGCCCAUUAUCAAACUCUGGUUCGGUUACGACAAAACCAUCUGGUAAUAAAAGCUCUGUUUCGUCCAAGCAACAUGUCAAAAUACAUCCCGCCGGGAAUCUUUUUCCAUCGGGGAAGGUACAAAUUACAGGCAUGACUCAAGAAAAACCAAGAAGCAUGGUUCUUGGACCAGGGGCUAAAUCAUACGGUUAUGGUAGUAUAAUGCGAGGAAACAACUUAUCUCCGGCGAAGCCAACGAUGUCCGAGUCUUCCUCUGUUUUGCCAUUAACUCUCAGUAAUAACUCUAGCGGUGGUCCUGACGCCGCAUAUACAUCGUGGAAGAUAGCUAUAUAUGGUUCAAAUCCAGAAGAAGUAAAGAGAUUUGGUAACGAAAUGUUCAAGAAAGGUUGUUUCACUGAGGCUUUGAAGUUGUAUGAUCGAGCAAUCGAGCUUUCACCGAGUAAUGCUACUUACCAUAGCAAUAGAGCAGCUGCAUUGUCGAGUUUGGGUCAGAUUGGUGAAGCUGUUAAUGAAUGUGAAAUAGCUAUCAAAUUAGAUCCAAAAUUUGCAAGGGCUCAUCACCGUUUAGCGUCAUUGCUACUUAGAUUAGGUUAUGUGGAUAAUGCAGGGAUACAUUUUUAUUCAGUGGAGGAACCAGCAGAUCCCACUGUGGUUAAAAUGCUUCAACAACCAUUGCGUCUGGAGCUGACUCUUCUCCUCAGGGCGCGUGAUCGUGGUAACGAUCUUUAUGAAUUAGAAAGAUACACUGAAGCAAGAUCAGCUUAUGCGGAAGGCCUUAAGUAUGAUCCAUCCAAUGCUACUCUGUUAUGUCAUAGAGCAGAUUGUUUCUUUAAAGUUGGGAUGUGGGAGAGCUCAAUAGAAGAUUGUAACCAUGCGUUGCUCAUUCUACCGAGUUACACAAAGCCUCUUGGAAGAUGGGCUGAAGUAGUGAGCGAUUACGAGACCUUAAGAAAGGAACUGCCUUAUGACAAGGAAAUUGCUGAAUCUUUAUUUCAUGCUCAAGUUGCAUUGAAGAAAUCUCGCGGCGAAGUAGUUCUAACAUGGAAUUUGGAGGUGAAGUUGAGGAAAUUUCUAGUCUUGAAGAGUUUAAAAGCUGCAUUAACUCGUCCUGGUAAGUGAAUAUUUAUAAUGCUCUUAAUAAUCAGAGAACUUACAUUAUUAAAUUGUUGUAUAUAUACUUCAAUGGCAGGAGUUUCCAUUGUACACUUUUUUUAGAGCCUCUGAUCCACAAUGCAAGGAGAUGUCUACUUCAUGGACGCACUAUGUGUUCGUUACCCAUCUUUUGCAUUUCCUUAAGGUGAGAAAAACAAAAAACUUCAAAACAACUGUUUAUGUAACCAAAGAACAAGUAAACUUACUUGUGAAAU